AUGCUGGACAAAGAGCUGUUAGAAGGCCUAAGACAACAAACAACACUUGAAAGUCAACAUUUAUCAUCUUCAGUUACUCUUCUUCUAACAUCUUUGAACCAGGCAAAUCCCGACUUUUAUACCUACAGAAGCAUCAUCAAAAGAUUCAAUCUACCAGAAAAUGAAAGAUUCGACAUUUUCACCCACUCUGAUCUAAACUUCGUUGAAACAAUGGGCAAUCAUUUCCCUUCAAAUCCUCUACUACAACCAACACUUGAGAGAACAGCUGCAAUCCACACUACCAUUGCUUUAUUGAAUAACUUGUUUCUGUCAGCAAAUGACAAAAUCAAUUUCAGCUGGAUUGAAAUUGAAACUCUCUUGACUCAAAGCACCAAGUGGGAUGGCGUUGGCUUCCGGGCUGGAUCUGAUCAAAAAAUAGGCUUUUGCCUAGUUGAACUGAAUUGUUCCGAAUAUCUAGACAUGAAACUCUAUUUUGAGUUGGUAUUUCUCGUUGACAAUCAUCUUGUUCGAAGGGCACAUACCAUAGUCAAAUUACCUACUACUCCUUCUCAGCUGAAAGAUUUCUUCAACCAAACAGAAUCACUCUUUACUUGGAAGAAAUCCUUAAUUGAUAGCAUCAACAAUGCAUAA